GGGAAAAGACCAGAGGAUUUUGAAAAGCACGCUAUGAGGAUCUUAAUUUUUGCCCUCACACUGAGCGUUUUCUCGUGUUCAGGGUUUCCAGUGUACGACUACGAACUCCCUGUCACAGAAGAGGCUCUCAAUGCUUCCAUUGCAAGGAUCAAUUCUCAGUCCUGGGGGACAAACCUGUAUGGCGUUGUCAGGAGCCAUGUCACAAGAGUUGACAUGUGGAACAGCGAUGCCUACAGACUAGAGCUGCAGUUCAGCAUUCGUGAAACUGUGUGCACAAAAGCUUCAGGAAGGGACCCGUUCACGUGUGACUUCAAAAUGGGGCCUUUCGUGCCAACAACUUUCUGCAGAAGUGUUGUGGACGUCUCCGGUGAGCGGAUCUCGAACAUUAUUGUGCAGUGCCAUCAUGGCACAUCCAGCUCCGAGUCGAUGAGCAGCGAGGAGAUGAUGCAUAUGCCGAUAAUGAGCCCCAACAGGCGAGGCAGCAGUCGCAGAGAAGAUGUAUUUGCUCCUGAAGCCUUCCCUUCGAGGGGAAGAGGCAGCAGCCAUGGAGACUGGCAUAAACCCAGAUAUUUCAGCUCCGACAAGAUUGAAUAAUAUGGUUUGGGUUGGAGACUGAGAAGAAUCAAGAUCCAAAUAUCCAGCAUGGGAAGAAAGAACCUGAUACCAUUUCCUUUCCUUUUUUUGUGAAAAACAGUUCUGUAAUUAAGUGACUAAACUCACUUUCUGCUGUAAUGUCAAAGGGCCAUUGGAUGAGCUCGUGAGAGCUAAAAGCACAUGCUUGAUGAUAACCAACCGCCUUCUGAUGUGUCAGAGCUCACUGGGAGGGCUGUCGCAGACACCUAGCCUUACGUGCCCAGUGUGUG